AUAACGUCAGAUCAGAUGUGGUGCGCAGGUUUAACCAACAACAGAGAUGAUCUCAAAGCGAGUUACUGAUUGUAUCGUUACUCUUAUAUCGUUGAAAAAGUUAUGUUUAGAAGUAGUAUAUUGACGCAAUUGCGAUUCAAUCUGUUUGUAAUAGAUAUGGAAGUAGUUAGAAGCGUAUGGAAGAAACCCGUUUUGUUGUAUAAGAUUGGACUGCGGGCAUCGCUUAGAAAUAGGUAUAUAACGAAAGCAUGCAGUAGUUCGACAUCUAAAAUACCCAAAAAAGAUUUUCCGUUAAGGCAUAACGAUGUGCAAUUAACAAAUUCGGAUGUAACGAUAGUUGGGGAAAAUGAUGCAACGUUUAAUGCGCUUGUUUCGACUGAAGAAUUAUUAGCACAAAUAGGACUGGCAAGAGAGUUCGCAACUGACAGCAAAGUCGAGCACCCUUACGUCGACAAAUUAAAAAGGGUGCAAAUGAUUCUAUUCGAUUUAAGUCACGCUAUAUCGAAACCAAUACCUGGAAAGAGUAAAUCGUUUGAAAGUAAACAUAUUAAUGAUCUAGAAGAAUGGAUAGCAGAAUAUGCCAAUCAACUGCCUCCGCAGGAGACCUAUAUUAUUCCGGGUGGUGGCAAAGCUUGUUCCAUGCUACAUUCAGCUAAAGCGGUAUGUAAGCGAGUAGAAAGAAAUGUUGCAUCGUUGGUCGAAGAUGGAUUAUUGAACAAAGAAGCACAAAUAUAUUUAAAUAAAUUACAAAGCUUCCUAUUGACAACAUCGCGUAUUGCAGCCAAGUGUGAUCAACGUACAGAGAACAUAUAUAUUCCUAGAGUAGAGGUCGAGAAGAAUGAGGAAAAGUAAACUGAUCAAGUUCGUUAGGCGAAUCUAUAGCGUAUCUUCUUCUAAUGCUAUCCUAGUAAAGAUGCGAGCUCAUUGUUGUACGUAGAAGUUCUGCGACAUUAUUUUCAAACUUAUCUUCACAGUAUAUUGUGUCGGUUGUAAAUAAUUUUUAAUAAAAUUAUAAUUGCCGGUUGUUGAGUAGAUUA